AUGGUGCGCGAGAUUAUUCACCUGUCAGUUGGGCAAUGUGGCAAUCAGAUUGGCUCGGCUUUCUGGGAAACAAUUGCGAGAGAGCAUGGACUUGACCAGAGUGGACAUUACAGUGGCAUAGACACAAAUCAACAUGAGAAGAUUGAUGUCUAUUUUCAAGAGCAUCAAGAUAGCAACUAUACCCCUCGAGCCAUUCUAGUCGACCAAGACCCGGACAUUUUCAACGCAGUCUGCUCCGGAUACGGCCAGAUGUUUCGUCAAGACAACAUUCUCUCAGGCAAAUACAAUGCAGGAGGCACUUGGUUCACAGAAUGGCACGAUGAAGAUGCCAAAUUAGUCGAACAAGUCCUUGAAAACGUCCGCCGAGAGGCAGAAAAUUGUGAUUGUUUCCAAGGUUUCCAACUUACCCACUCUGUGGCCGGUGGUGCUGGUGGCGGUAUGGGGACAAUUCUUCUUUCCAAGUUAAGGGAAGAAUACCCUGAUCGAAUGAUGGCUACCUUUUCCACGAUGCCAUCGUUAAAGGUCUCCCAGGGACUAGUAGAACCGUAUAAUGCGGUGCUCGCGAUUAGUCAGCUGAUAGAAAACUGUGAUGUGGUUUUCUGCCUCGACAAUGAAGCGCUGUACGACAUCUGCACCGAGAGAUUGAAGAUUGCUCAACCAGCCUAUGCCAAUCUGAACCAUCUAGCAUCAAUGGUCAUGUCUGAUAUAUCGGCCUCUUUCAGAUUUCCCGGACAACGAAACUCAGACCUUCGCAAAAUGGCCAUGAAUCUCGUCACCAUUCCGCGCCUACAUUUCCUCAGUGUAGCAUAUGCGCCGCUGACCAAUAGGCAGCCCGAUGUUGGGUCAUCUCACAAGUUGACGGCCUCGGGCUUGAUCCAGCAGAUGUUUAAACCAAAGAACCUCAUGACAGCUUGUGACGUUGGUAACAGACACUAUUUGGCAUGUUCGGCAAUUUUUCGCGGUAGGGUUCCCAUACAAGAAAUUGAGGACCAUGUCCGCUUCAUUCGUGACGAUAACUCGGAAUGCUCCAUGGAGCGGAUACCGGAUAAUUUGCAGACCUCAUACUGCUCACAGGCAACACAAGGGCUUGACCUGUCGGGCACACUGAUUGAAAAUUCAACGGCAAUUCAGCAUGUGUUCCAGCGCUUGAGUAAAGAGUUCACAUGGCUCCUUUGCCGCAAGCAAUACCUAUUCCCGUACGAGAUGAGAGGCCUGUAUGAGUUUGAGUUCACCGAAGCAGUGUCCAACAUGGACGAUCUCGUCCUCGACUAUCAAUUGUACAAUGCUCAAUCAUUGUGA